AUGGAUUUAGAAAUUUAUAAUUUACAUAAAAUAUGCCGAGCAUGUAAACGUGUUGAGGAAAAUAUGUAUUCAAUAUUUGAAAAUAAAGUUGUAUUUGAUUUAUCAACGAAAAUAUGUGAAAUGUUAAUGGCAUGUACUUCUUUAGAGAUUGAAAUGGAUGAUGGAAUGCCAAAUUUAAUGUGUUUUACAUGUAUCGAACAAUUAAACAUUGCUUUCGCAUUCAAACGUCAAUGUGAAGAUACCGAUUCAUAUUUACGUGAUUACAUUAAAAAAAAUCAAAUUAAAUUUGAAAAUAGUCUUGAAGAAACCUCCACAAUAUUUCACAAUGAUGUAAAUCAAGUUGACACGAAAGAUAUAAAAAAUGAACAUCUUGAACAAGAUACAGAAAUAUUUGUAUGCAAAAAAUAUCAUUAUAUUCAAUUAAAUGAGGAUUCAAUGAUCACGGAAAAUUUUGAUGAUUUUGAGGAUGACGAAUGUUUUGAACCAAAUGUGGAUAUUGUAGAAAAUGAAAUUAAAUACGAAGAAAAUGAUGUCAAUUAUGAAAAUGAUAUUAAAUAUGAAUUCGAUGAAAAAAUUGAAAUACCAUUAGAAAAUUAUGAAAUUGAUACAACAAUAAUAAAACGUAAACGUGGUCGACCUCGAAAAGGUGAAGAGCGUAGCAACAAAGGUGAACAAAAGCAACAAUCAAUUAAUUUUCAAUGUAAACAUUGUGAUAAAGUUUUAAAAACAAAAUUAGGAUAUGAAAUUCACAUACAAAAACAUUUUAUUUAUGAGUGCGGAAAAUGUGGAGAGAAAUUCCAUGAUAAUAACUCAAUAUUCAAACAUUUAGAAGAUUCGCAUGGUACGGAUAAUAAGACGGACGAUACUACAGAAUACAUUAAAACUUGUGAUUUAUGUCCGAAUGAAACAUUCGAACAUUUUGAUAAAUAUGUUAAACAUAAAUUAAAUCAACAUAAUAUACGUGUAAAAAUAUUUAGCGAUAAGAAAUUUGAUUGUUAUGUAUGUGGUAAAGCUUUUACAACCGAAAAAUAUCGUGAUAUACAUGAAAAAACACACUCCAUGAACAAAGCGUGUGCGUGUAAAACAUGUGGUAAACGUUUUUCAACUAAAACAAAUUUAAAUGAGCAUAUGAAAUGUCAUGAUGAAUGUUCGAAAAAGUUUUUAUGUUCGGAAUGUGGACAACGUUUUAUACGAUACGAUUAUCUUGUUAUUCAUAUGCGUCGCCAUCGGGGAGAGAAACCAUUCAAGUGUAAAUACUGUGGAAAAGGAUUUCCAAGAACAACAGAUCUAACAGUACAUGAAAGAUAUCAUACUGGAGAGAAAACUCAUUUAUGUGUGAUUUGUGGAAGAGGAUUUGGAAGGGCAUAUAAUUUAACAGUUCAUAUGCGUACACACACCGGCGAGAAACCUUAUCAAUGUACAUACUGUGAUGCCGCAUUUGCACAGGGUAAUGACUUAAAAGCACACGUACGUCGUCAUACUGGUGAACGAUACCAUUGUGACAUGUGUUCAGAAGCAUUUUUAAUGGGUUACUUGUUAACACAACAUAAACGUAAUGUUCAUGGUUUAGAUGUAAAAUCACAUAUACGUCGGUUAAAACCAUCGGAACGUGUACAUUUAUCAACAACCAAACCGCUAUUAAUCCCACAAGAACCACAAACUGCAACUGUUGUUGUUCUAACAGCACCCAGUGAUAAUUCUACAACAUCUAAUACAGAACAAUUUCAAUUAGCAUAUCAGAAUCAAGUAUUGUAGCGAAUAAUUUAAAAUUGUUUACAAAUAUGGCUAAGGAAGAAUAAUUUGAAGUGUCUUGAUUUGUCGCUCCCCUUUAAAGGUCGAUUUUACAAGCAAAUAUAGGAAGAAAAUUUAAAAUAAUAUAUCGGAAUAUUUUUCUAUAGAACCUACAAAUGUUUGAUAAACUUAUAAAUAGGUUCACAAUCUAUAUUCAAAAUGGAUGUUGAAUUUUCGUCUAGACCGGUGGGCAGUAUUGUCUAAUCAAGGUAUACAAGUGACUUCAUUUAGGUGCAUAAUAAUAAAAUGUGAUUUAUUAUUAAA